AUGUCAGGAGGUACAGAAGAAAUAAUCAACGAUGUUGAUAUUAAUGAAGCCAUCUCAAAAUUAACAUUAUAUAGUGCCAAAGAACAUAAUGAAAAAUUUAAUCCUCAACAUUAUUUGGAGGGAUUUUAUAAGACAGCUAAGGAAGAUGUAGCAAUGCAAAUUGUUUUAUUUUUUCUUCCUGGAGCUGGUCCAACUGUUUACAUACCAAUUGUUUUAAGAAAUAGAAGUAGAAAUAUUUUUACAAGUGAUUAUGCCAAAAUUAAUAGAGAAGAAUUAAAAAAAUGGAUUGUUAAUGAUAAGAAUUCUUUUGAUUGGUCUAAUGUUUGUAAUUGGAUUGCUAGUAUAGAAGCUGGUUGUGAAAAACCUCAAGAGAUGCAAGAUAAUGCAAGAAUGAAGAUGAGAGGUGUCCUGGAAGUUAAUGUUUUUGACGAUUAUCCUAUUAAAGAUAUUUUUUAUAAAGUUAAUGAUGAUGUGGUUUUGCCAAAACAAUUUGAUCUUGUCACAACAAUUUUCUGCCUAGAAUAUGCAACUGAAACUUUGGAAGAUUAUGAGAAAGCUGUUAAAAAUACAAUUGGUUUAAUUAAAAUUGAUGGGUAUCUUUUACAAGGAGGUGUUCUUGAAGCAACUGAAUAUUCAUUUGGAGAAACAAGAUUUAAAUGUUUUUAUCUAAAACAACAUAUUUUAAUUAAAGCACUAAAGGAAAAUGGAAUGGAGAUAGAUGAAAAAACAGGUAAUUUUAAAUUUAUUGAACAUGAUGGAAUAUUUAUUCUAAUAUCAAAAAAAAUCAAAUGA